UGGCAAACGAAAAACAAAAAGGCGCUAAACAAACCUUCUUCAUCUUCUAAUAGUGAGACGAGCGCCACUUCCACAUCGGUGACUGUACUGCUAUACCAAAGAAGCAGUGUCUUUAUUACGAACAACCAAUAUGUUGCGUCCUUUCAGUAUCGCAUCGAACCGACUUCCGCUCACGCCACCAUGGCUUGUUAUAUCAAGGCUUACAUGGACUAUUUCACCACCAGCGGUCUCCUUGGAAGUGCCACCCAGACUGUCAGUUCUAGCAAUGUGGGUUGGGCUACUCCGGGGCAGCUUUCGAUAUCGACAACGUGCAAUUUGUUGGGCCCGCUGUCACAUCCUGCUCAACCCAGACCAUCACUUAUACCUCGGCGCCAAACCCAACACCGACUGUGAUGCCGGUCACCACUUCGAUUGAGACUUCUUCUUCGCAAGCUCCAUACCCAAUCUUGCUUUCAUCAUCGAUGAUAUCUUCUCCAAUGCCAUCCGCCAUAGCGCCCGUGGUGGUUAGCAGUACUGCACCUUCAUCACAGGCCGCUGUGAUUGUGCCUUCCUCCAGCGUUGCUCCCUCGUCUCGCGUCAUUAUCUCGUCUAUUGUCGAGCCUUCGUCUAGCGCUCCUAUCUUGAUUAGCUCUCCGGCUGCCGCUGUCAGCUUUUUGACUCGACGGCCUUCUAGCUCUACUGCCUCGCCUUUCUUGACCAUUGCCGUCUCGGUUCCUUCUUCAAGCAGGGCUAUGUCGGCGUCUGGAGCGCCGAUUGUGUCUGCACCCAGCUCUUCAGCCGCUAUCGUUGCUUCUGGCUCUUUAGCUGCUGUCUUUCCGGUUUCUCCAGCUUCUUCUACCAUCCACUCAUCCUCUACUGCCAUCGUGGCAGUGUCUUCAGCCACACCCCUGACCUCUUCAAGCCGCAGUGCCAUUGCUUCUCAUGCCAGCCAGACUCCUGGCGCUCUCUCUACAAGAAGAACAACCUACGUUACCGAAACGAUGAUUGUCUCUGAGACCAUUUGCCCUUCCAAAGCAUCCCGAACUCAGCCAACUGCUAUGGCGACGACCACAGAAAACCCCUCUCAAGGCAAAAAUAGCGGUACGGAGGGCCUGAGCACUACCUCGACUAUUCUUAGCACUCGCACUGCAACUAUCACCGCUUGUCCAUCGACUAUUUCUAACUGUCCUGCCUCUGUAAAGACUACCUUCGUCACAGCUGAGACUCUGGUGGUUUCUACAACCAUCUGUCCCAUCACGAUGGCCCAAUAUCAAGCCACCGCUGCUGCCUCGGUCACAGGAGGCUCGAACUCUGGUCGCCCGGGUGGUGAAGAAGGCAGAAGCACUACCUCUACUGUCCUCCGUACCCGUACUGCAGGUAAAUUACGGCGUGUUCCUCCACCGUCCCUGAUUGCCCCGCUUCCGCAAAGAGCGCGUUCGUAACUACCGAGACUCUGGUCGUGUCAACUACUGUGUGUCCAGUGAGUGCUACUUCAACGGCCCACGACAUCAGCGGCGUUUCUCCGGCGACAGUCCUCCCAGUGGCAGGCAAUGGAAUGAGCUCUGGGUCUAGUACGGCUGCCGGCUCCUCGUCUGAGGCUGGAGUUGCAGGGUCAGGCUCUGAUUCGAACUUUAGCUCUGCAGGUUCUAGCCCUGGCUUCAGCUCCGGCACUACUUCUGGCGGUGGUUCUAGCUCCAACUCGGGCUCUGGCUCUGGCAGCAGCCCUGGUUCCACAUCUGGUCCCGCUGCUGGUGAUACUGGCGGCUCUACUGCUGGCGCCAGCUCCAGCUCUCCCAAUAAAUCUGGCUCUGG